AUGCGCUUCACUGCUGCUGAGUCCUGGCGACGUCGAGCCCUCCUUGUGGUCGGUCCAGGACGAGGCUGGCAUGCUGCUGUAGGGGUCCAGCAGAAUGCGCACACAUCGCACCAUGAGGAAGAGCAGCAGCAACAGCAGCAGGCCCACCAGGCAGACAGCAGUGCCCUGCUCCCCAUGCCCUUCUACCGGAUGCACAGUUGA